AUGGAAUCAAGUGGAAAUAUGAAGCAGUGGAGUGUGGUGAGCAAGGACAAGGAUUUCGAUGGCUUGACCUAUGGCGAUGCCCCGGUUCCUAAGCUCGGCGAGAAUGAAGUUCUCGUGAAGUUCCACGGCGCGUCGUUGAAUUACCGUGAUCUGAUUAUCCCCAAGGGACUUUACCCCUUCGCUGUCAACUUCCCCACUAUCCCUGGCUCAGAUGGUGCCGGCGAGGUCGUUGGCGUUGGGUCCAAAGUGACACAGUUCCGCAAGGGUGACAAUGUGGUUACUCUGUUCAACCAAGCACAUCAAUAUGGCGAUAUCGACGUUGCGGGGACGCAGUCCGGCCUGGGAGGAGCCGUUGAUGGCACUCUGCGCCAGUACGGAGCUUUCAACGAAAACGGCGUUGUUAAAAGCCCCAAGAACCUCAACCACUUGGAAGCAAGCACUCUCACAUGUGCUGGACUCACCAGUUGGAAUGCUCUAUACGGCCUGAAGCCUCUGCGGCCCGGACAGACAGUGCUGGUGCAGGGAACAGGUGGUGUGAGCAUUUUCGCAUUGCAGUUUGCUAAAGCGGCCGGUGCUUUCGUUAUCGCGACAACCUCGUCGGACGAAAAGGGUAAGAAGUUGAAGGAGCUCGGGGCAGAUCAUGUCAUCAACUAUAAGAGCAACCCCAACUGGGGCGAGAUUGCUCGCACGCUGACUCCCGACAAUGUUGGUGUGGAUCACAUUAUUGAGGUUGGCGGCUCUGGCACACUUACCCAGAGUUUCAAGUGCAUCAAGUUCGAGGGAGUCAUCAGCAUCAUUGGUUUUGUUGGCGGCACCGACGCUAAGAGCCAGCCCCCGGUUCUUGAUACACUUAGCAACAUUUGCACCGUGCGAGGUAUUUACGUAGGAAGCAAGGCCUUGAUGAACGAUAUGGUCAAGGCGAUCGAGGUGAACAACAUCCAUCCGGUGCUCGAUACCAAGGUCUUCUCCCUUGAUCAGACCAGGGAAGCCUAUGAUUACAUGUGGGCUCAGAAGCACUUCGGCAAGGUGGCCAUCAAGAUCGAAUAA